AUGGACACCCAAACAGUGACCCGUCCUCAGCCUCAGAUCCAACCCUGCAGGUAUAAAGUCGGAAAGACACUCGGCGCUGGUUCCUACUCGGUUGUGAAGGAGUGUGUGAACAUAGAGACAGGCCGAUACUAUGCGGCCAAGGUGAUCAACAAGAGGCUGAUGGCGGGACGCGAACACAUGGUGCGAAAUGAAAUUGCCAUUCUCAAGAGGGUUUCCAUGGGAAACCAAAAUAUCCUUACGCUCGUGGAUUACUUCGAGACAAUGAACAAUCUCUACCUCGUCACCGAGCUCGCACUUGGCGGCGAGCUCUUCGACCGCAUCUGCCGGAAAGGGUCAUACUACGAGUCUGACGCAGCCGAGCUUAUCCGAGCCACCCUCGCGGCCGUCGCCUACCUCCAUGACCACGGCAUCGUCCACCGCGAUCUAAAGCCCGAGAACCUCCUUUUCCGCACACCCGAAGACAACGCCGACCUCCUCAUUGCCGAUUUCGGUCUCUCUCGAAUCAUGGACGAGGAGCAAUUCCACGUAUUGACGACCACCUGUGGUACGCCCGGAUACAUGGCUCCCGAGAUUUUCAAGAAAACCGGCCACGGCAAGCCCGUCGAUAUGUGGGCGCUCGGAGUCAUUACUUACUUCUUGCUCAGCGGCUAUACCCCCUUCGAUCGCCGCUCGGACUUUGAAGAGAUGCAGGCCAUUCUCAAUGCCGAGUAUAAAUUCGAGCCUGUCGAGUACUGGCGUGGUGUGUCCGAACACGCCAAGGACUUUAUCCGUCAGUGUCUCACGAUCGACCCGAACCGGCGGAUGACGGCCCACGACGCCCUUCGACACCCCUUCGUAGCCGGCAACGUGAGCAACGGCAACAGCCAUGAGGGUCAGAACCUUUUGCCCACGGUCAAGAAGAACUUUAAUGCGCGCCGGACGCUGCAUGCGGCUAUCGACACGAUACGCGCCAUCAAUAAGCUCAAGGAACGGCAGGGCUCCUCAUCACCUUCUGUCGACCAUCCCACCACUGGCGAUAACACCCUAAGGGCGCCCGUCCCCGAUCCCAAUCACUCUUCGCCGGUUGACCCCGACGCAAUGGACCUGUCAGAUGGUGGAGAAGGACGCCUUCAGGUCCAGACACAAGAUAGUGGCUAUGGCUCCCAUGCAGUCUCGGUGCAGAAAGACGUGGCUAUGGGCGACACGUACGAUGUUCCUUCGAUCCUAAGACCGGGAUCGAAUGCCAAUCGGGUGGUGGAGACUUCGAAUGGUCUCUGGACGACAACAUUGAAGAUCGACCCAUCCCUCCGCAUUCGUCGCGCAAUCCACGCCAACGACGCCCUCCUCGUCAAACGCAUCCUAAAAUCCCACCCCACGCUCCUCCACAACCCCGACACCUCCCCGCGCGGGCUCUCUAACUCCAACCUCCACCUUGCCGCCUCCCUCGGCCACGUCGAAGUAGUCAAAGUCCUCGUCUCCCUAGGCCACGAAACCCCCUGCGCCGCGCUCAACGAAUCGCACCAAACAGCCCUCAUGCUCGCCUCAGCGCGAGGCUUCAUCGAAACGGUCCUCUUCCUAGCCGAGCACGAUCCCUCCUCGAUCCCGCGGCGCGACGUGCGCGGCCGAGACGCCAUCAUGGAGGCGAGCUUGGGGGGCCACGAUACGGUGUUGCAGAUCCUGUUGACGUGGGAUCCGGAGGGCGCGGCGAAGGCGGUGAGUAGGGCGGAUGUGGAUGGGAAUACUGCGUUGCAUUUUGCGAGUAGUAAUGGGAAUUUGUUGGUGUUGAGGACGUUGUUGGCGGCGGGGGCGGAUCCGGAUAGGAGGAAUGUGUGGAAUUGGACGGCGAUUAGCUAUAGCGCUACGGUUGCUGCGGAGGUCUAUUUGAAGGGGUUAGUGGCGGAGGCGCAGAGGAAGAAGGCGGCGAGGGAGGGGGAGAAGCUAGGGUUGAGGGUUGUCGAGCAGGAUGAUGGGAAGGGAUGA